CCCACCCACCGUACUGAGACACACAGCUGAGGACACUGCCACUUCUACAGUCUGACAACAAGAGAUUUCGACAUGGCCUCCACCCCAGCGCUUCCGACUGGCUACCAGGGCCGGUACGUGCAGGGCUUUCAGAUGUACCUGCAGCGCUCCCAGGAGCACCAGGUGAUCCAGGCCUUCAUGGACAGGGUUCUCCCUGUGGAAUUUGCCAGAAUCGGAGAGGGGAAGAAGAUUCUUGAUGUUCUUGGUGUUGGAAGCGGAGGAGGUGAAAUGGAUGCCUAUCUGCUCUCCAUACUGCAGUCUAAACUCCCAGGAAUCCCCAUAACUGCUGAUAUAGUGGAGCCCAGCACUGAGCUGACUGACAGUUUUAAAGCUUUGGUGGCAAAGACCCCCAGCCUUCAGAAGGUGCCCUUCACCUGGCAUGUAAAGAUGUGUGCAGAGUACGAGAGCAUGGUCAAGGAAAAGAAGGAAGCCAAGAGGUUUGACUUCAUGCACAUGAUUCAGAUGCUGUACUAUGUCUCGGACUAUUCUGCUGCCAUUAAGUUCUUCCACAGCCUGCUGCGGGAGAACGGCCAGCUGCUGAUCGUCCAUGAAGCAGCUAACAGUGGCUGGGAGAAGCUGUGGAAGACCUACAGGAAGGAGCUUUGCACAAAGACCAUCUCCAGCUACCUGUCUGCAGGUGACAUCAAGGCCCUGCUGCAGGGGAUGGGUCUGCGGUUCGAGGAGCACAGCAUCCCCAACACGCUGGACAUCAGCGACUGCUUCCUGCCGGGCCACGAGGCCGGCGAGAAGCUGCUGGACUUCAUGACCGAGCAGGACCACUUCCACCAGUCUCUCACGCCGGAGGUGAGGGCCGGCAUUCUGAAGCUGCUGAAGCACAGCUGCAGCGUGGAGAGGGAGGGCCGGGUGCUGUUCGACUGCAGCCUCAGCGCCCUGCUGGUGCACGCCUGACAGAGGCAGAACCGCAUGCAGCAAUCUGUCUGCUCACCCAGACGGGAUCAGGCAGGAUCCCUGAUUUCACACUCACCCAGAUCCCUGAUUUCACACUCACCCAGACGGGAUCAGGCGGGAUCCCUGAUUUCACACUCACCCAGGCGGGAUCACGCAGGAUCCCUGAAUUCAGUCGAAUCAGCUGACUGUGACAGACACAGCCAGUGACACAUCCUAAAGCACCUUCUCCUUCUGAAACUUUAGCUCCAGUUCCAGUCGCUAAAUUACCUCAGUCCUACUUUUCCUCUUCUCUGACGGGGUACAUAAGUCUCAGCUGAUGUCCUUCUAAUGGCAUUUUAGAUGUACUGAUCUCCCCUCCUUCUCCUUCCUGCCAGAGAUUUAACAGCUCCUCUGCCUCCUGGUUUGGCAGCAGAGUCUGUCUCCUGGCAUUUGAUUUGCUGUGGGAGAUUUAAGGCCAGCAUGACAAAAGACCUCAUUUUUAUUCAUCCCAUGGACACAAACAAGGUCCUUAAAUACCUGAGAAAAAUUGGAAUUGACUUCCUCCCCCUGGUUCUUCUGUCAGGUCUGAAGCAUUGGGUCGCCCUGCGUGACCCACUCCUCUAAAUGUUUUCAGAUUUGUUUCUACAGUAACUUUAUCUUUAGUUGUAUUACUCAUAUAACAUUUACUUUGUAUUUUUCCAUCAACUAUCACGUUUGGGAUGCUUACAAGCAGAGAAAUAAUAUAAUAGUUUAAAAUCAGCCUCAUAAGAUAUUUCCAGAUUGAGAUGUACUUCAGUAUUCUCACCACCGGGGGCAGUGCAAAUGAUCAUGUAAAAGACAUUGACUAACGUUUCCGAUUCUCUUCUGCAGGUUACUCUGCCCUCUGCAUCACAGGGCACUUCACUGUGCAACAACAAGAAAAGUCCUGCCAAAAGAAAUAAAACAAUAUU